CAGCUUCCCAAGAUCAAGCAAACCUAAAGCACCCUCAAUCACUUCAAUUAAAUAGCUUCAUAUCGCAACUUCCAUAUUGUUUUCUGAAGAAUACUAAACUUGAGGAAAUAAUUGAAAAUGAGUGGCGGACUUCCAUGUAAGUACAAAUAUGGCUACUGAAACAUUGGAUACCAGGCUCCAUACCCUUUUUACAAUAUUCCUUUACACCUUUCGCCUCGAAUCAGUGAUGCUAAUGAAUCUGGCUAUACUAGAUGCUGCGGAUGCCGAAAGGUUAGUUUUGUUUGAGGGGACAACUGCGAGGUCUUAAAACGCCGAGACUAAUAAGAUAUCAGCCCUUUAAAAGCUGCAGAACUUCAGGUUUUGAGAGCACAAUAUGAGAAAGAGGGCGAGCAUGUUGGUGUGCAGACACAGUUCAACUACGCAUGGGUUUGUCCAGUCUACACUCUCAUAAUUUUUAUGAUCAAUCACUGACAGGAUCAGGGUUUGAUCAAAUCAAAUUCUCGACACGAACAACAAGAAGGAGUUCGACUCCUCUCAGACAUAUUCCGCAUAUCUCCAGAACGAAGGAGAGAAUGUCUCUACUACCUCGCCCUCGGCAAUUACAAAUUAGGAAACUUCUCGGAAGCACGACGAUACAAUGAUUUGUUAAUAGAAAAGGAACCGGAGAAUCUACAAGCGAGCAGUCUCAAGGGGUUGAUCGAUGAUAAGGUGGCGAAGGAAGGUUUGAUAGGUGUUGCUAUUCUCAGUGGGGUUGCCAUUGCUGCUGGAGUGGUUGGCUCGAUGCUAUUCAGAGGUGUGGGUAGAAAUAAUAGAUAAUCGGUGGGAUCGAAUUCCGAGAAGGUCGGAUAACGAGAAUCAAUGUGUUUGAUGUAUAAAUUUGGGGGACUUUGUUUGAUAUACCAUUGGAAGCGAAAGUGCGAUCCUACAACAUGAGAAAUAACUUCACUAUUCGUUAUCGUUUUGUUCAAUAUUGGACUUG